UUGUCUUCACUUAUGUACUUAGCAGCUAAAAAAAGGGGUAAACAUAGUAUCUAAGAGCGUAAGGUAUAAGUGAGGCCCCCAUUUGUCCGUGUUCACCACUUUACUCAAACACUGGAGCCUGAUGCUCGGUUUCAUCGCCUAGAAAAUGAGAAUACAAAUAUGCUGGGCUGUGAUUACCUCAGUACUACUUAUGACCUACGUGGAAAGUUUGGCCUUCAGAACAGCAUCUUACACAGAAUCAGAGCAAAACCAGGUCUUCAAAAUCCACAGAGACUUUAGGCUUGUGGGACAUGUCUUUGAAACUUCUAUUGUUGACGAGUUCGACUGUGGAUUACGAUGCGUAAGAGACGGGAAAUGCUUGUCAUACAAUCACAAUGGUGACAAAUCUUGUGAACUGAACGACCAAACAUGGCUUCUUAGCCCGGUGGCCCUAAAACCAGCCAAUGGAUUCACCUAUUAUGAAAAGGAGGGACGAGGAUUUCACCCAUCAAAUCCCGGACGCUCUUGCAUGGACAUAAGACGCAGUAAGCAUCCCUUGCUGAAUGGAGAGUACUGGAUAGACCCAGAGGGUAACAGAAACCCCAUGAAAGUCUACUGUGAUAUGACAACUGACAGAGGAGGCUGGCUUCUUGUUGCAAACUUAGUAACGGACGGCUCAACUCCACUCCCCAUUUGGACCGCUGAGUCAUCAUACCGCGGAAUCAGUAACUUUACCAACAACAAAAUGUUUAUCACAACGAGUGCCAUGAAAGAACUCAGAACACACUUAUCUUUCACUCAGCUGAGAUUCCACUGCAGUAAACAAAAGGGACGUACCUUCCAUGUGACUACGGCUACCAACGCCUCUGGUAGAGCUGUGGUCCAGUACUUCAGCGGCCAGACAGACGUGCUACCCGACUCAUGUGGGUCUUUUCAAAGAAUGAAAGGUGACAACUCUAAGUUGGCCACUGUGUGUGAGGACUGGGGAUUUGACAAACAGAUAAAAGUGGGAAAAUGGGGACACUCUCGUUCGAGAGGAGAGAACAGAUUGUAUGCUCACACUGCAUAUGUUGCGUCUACGUAUUACUGGUUAUUUGAGGACAGCUACUGGUAUUGUGAUGAUAUGACAAACGACGCCAACCCGACGGCAGGAGAUUUUUGGAAAAUCUACUUACGUUAAAUAAAUAUAAAAAAAAUGGAAAAUUUUUCGAUCGAGUGUUGAAGCAACGUUAAAAUGCAAAGUUUUUGAUUACGAUUUAUCGUAGACGUGGGGAAAUCUCAAGUAUCACUCGGAGGCGAGAGUAAUUAAAUGAAUCUCGACCAUUUUACCGUUUUUUCGCACCUCUAGGCCAGUUUCAUGCAUUCAUUUCGAGUUAAGAUUGUUUUACUUUUGAGCAUUUUUGGGUCUAAUUGUUUGUUUUCAAUGACUUUGGCUUUGGUACUACCACAAUCAACUAAAAAUUGCUUUAGAACUUGGAAUAUGUUUCUUUUGUCUGUUUACAAAAGUAGCAAACGUAGAGAAAACCAAACGUUUCUUCCAAUUUCCUCAAAAGGUUUCUGCUAGAAACGUCAAAAGUUGCGCAUGCUCAGAUUUCCCAAAAGAUAUGGUUUUCACUACACGUUCCUUAUUUAUAAUAAAGGAGCGUAUUUUUAACACCAAUUAGAAAUUUUCUUCGCGUGCCUGAUGUAUGACGUUUACAUAUCUUCGUAUCUUACUAUUAGGGGUCAUUUUGAGAUAUAGGUAUGUAGAGUAUAUGCAGUUUUAUACUCGUAUACAUGAAACUAUAUACGGCCUCUCAAACCUUCUCUCGAUUGGCUAGGAAUUUCUUUUUUUAAUUAAGAAGCGGUAUAACAUUUUAGGAUUAUAAGCAGCAUUAGUAUUGUUGACUUUAUUUACUUUAUUUAGUAAUAUAAUAUUAUAUUACAUUAUUUAAAUACUUUGGGUCAGGGUUAGGAAAAGGCAGUAUUUUAGUAAAAUUUUUUAAUAAAAUAAUAGAUAUGUAUAUAUG